AUGAUUACCGAAAAAGGUGAUGAGCACUCGCUCUCAAAUCAAGGGGCACAGAAAGAGACAUCAUCACGACUACCGCCCGUUCCAGAGGUCUCCGAAACAGAUAGCCAGAUAUCUAAUGUUGGGUUACAGCCGGCCCAAAUUGAUAGUAACAAGUUUGUAGGAGGAAUAGAUGGAGUUCAUACUCCUGUACCAUAUGAGGACAGUGAAAAUGAGUCCCAAGAGACAGAUAUGGACUCUGAUGUACCAGGAUUUAAUUGGGAACAACUCGAAAGCCGUUUUACCGCUGCAAUUCAACAGUUAGAUACUGAAGAGAGUCAAAUCUUAGAUCAGUUUGACCACUUAAUGGAGAUGUUCUUUAUCUGGGCACAAAGUGGAUCUGCCCUCGAAACUGAUCGUUCCGUCAAACGGCUCAAAACACGGGAAAGGUAUGUUCAACUAUCAGAGACCUCCCUCAAAAAGAAAAAAGAGCACUAUGUUCAGGUGGUUACUGCUUUUAAAAACGCACUGGAUCUACUACGAGGCUAA